GAUUUUAAGCUUUAUCUUGGUUUUGGAGGUCUUUUUGUUUGUUGCUCUAUGCGUUAUUCAACAAGUAUGGUUGCUUUUUGGUGUUUAUGUCUAUGUUUAGGUUUAUAUGAUUUCAUUAUGAUAUUUCACAGCUUUAAUAAUUGUUUGGAGAGCUUUGUUGCAUUUAAUAUGAGUUUUGAUUUGAUUGAGUAUAUCAAAUUUGUAUUAAUUUGCCUUUUACCAUUUCCUUUUAUUAUCCGGAAUAAUGAAUUGAUAUAUGUUCUACUAUAAGAAGGUGAAUUAGAAUAGUAAAACAGUAAAACUAGGUCAUGUUUGGGCAAGCAAUGGAAAAUACCAUAUGCGUAUUCUUUCUUGCUUUUUUCUUUCUGUAGAUUGUUAUUUUUUCCCAUUGAGAUAUUUUGCUAAUAACUUGAAUUUUGGAUAUAUCUAUGAUAUAUAAAGUAUUUUUUUUAGGUUUUAGUUUCUAUAUGCGUUUUGAUCGAGUUUUUUAUUUCUUUUAUUUGCCUUCUGUUAAAACUGUCUUCAGUUUCCGUUGGAUGUAGCUUCAGUAUGAGUGGAAGAUGCAAAACUAUUGAUAUGUAGAUGUCGGACAAAGUAGAAAGCUCAGCAGUAUAGUGUUGUACAGUGGAUUGAUAUGGAUGUUCAUUUGUUUGAUGUGGAAUCGGAACUGAGAUAUCGUGGGAUGGCAGAUGAUGGAGCUGCUGAACUCAAUGAAGGUGGAGAAACAAAUAAUGCUGAUAACUCAUUGACUCGGGAGGAGGAUGGGAUUGCUGAACCGCAUGUCGGUAUGGAAUUUGAUUCUGAAGAUGCUGCUAAGACUUUUUAUGAUGAAUAUGCUAGACGUGUAGGUUUUAGCUCCAAAGUCGGGCAGAGUAGCCAUUCUAAAACUAAUGGCACAGUUAUUACUCGAGAAUUUAUAUGUAGCAGAGAAGGUUUGAAAAGAAGGUCGAAUGAUAGUUGUGAUGCUAUGCUUAGAAUAGAGUUGAAAGGUCAGGAGAAGUGGGCUGUCACAAAGUUUGUAAAGGAGCACAGUCAUUCUAUGGUAAGUUCUAACAAGGUGCAUUAUCUUCGGCCUCGCAGGCAUUUUGCUGGUGCUGCAAAGACCCUUGCUGAGACUUAUCAAGGAAUGGGGAUCAUACCUAGUGGGGUGAUGUAUGUCUCCAUGGAUGGAAACCGUGCGUCUACUGAUGCAAAUAAUCGCGGAGUUAGGAACACUGCUGUAGAAUCAAAUCGCCCGCUUAAGAGCAUGGGAACCAUGAAUUACUCUAUUAGAUCUGCCGCUAGAAAGAGGCCGCUAGGGAGGGAUGCUCAGAAUCUGCUGGACUAUUUUAAGAAAAUGCAGGCUGAGAACCCUGGCUUCUUUUAUGCUAUACAGCUUGAUGAAGAUAAUCGCAUGGCUAAUGUAUUUUGGGCAGAUGCAAGGUCUAGGGCAGCUUACUCUCAUUUUGGCGAUGCAGUCUCACUGGACACAAUGUACAGAAUGAGCCAGUAUAGGGUGCCAUUUGCUCCAUUUACAGGGGUGAACCAUCAUGGUCAGACAAUUUUGUUUGCUUGUGCAUUGCUACUUGAUGAAUCUGAGGCUUCUUUUAUUUGGCUGUUCAAGACAUUUCUCACUGCAAUGAAUGAUCAACAACCUGUCUCCUUGAUAACUGAUCAAGAUAGAGCCAUACAGACAGCAGUUGCUCAGGUGUUCCCAGAAGUCCGCCACUGUAUUAAUAGAUGGCAUGUGUUAAGAGAGGGCCAGGAAAAGUUGGCUCAUGUGUGUCUUGUACACCCCAAUUUUCAGUCAGAACUGUACAAUUGCAUCAACUUAACUGAAACCGUAGAGGAAUUUGAAUUAUCUUGGAGUUCUAUUGUUGAAAAAUAUAAUCUGAGAGGACAUGAUUGGCUCAAUUCCUUAUAUAAUGCCCGUGCUCAAUGGGUCCCGGUGUACUUUCGGGAUUCAUUUUUCGCUGCAAUAUCUCCAAGUCAAGGAUUUGGUGGCUCCUUUUUUGAUGGAUAUGUGAAUCAACAAACUACAAUACCAAUGUUCUUUAGACAGUAUGAGAGAGCUAUUGAGAAUUGGUUCGAAAAGGAAACUGAAGCAGAUUUUGACACAAUUUGCACUACACCGGUCUUGAGAACACCAUCACCUAUGGAGAAACAGGCAGCAAAUCUCUACACUAGGAAAGUAUUUGCAAAAUUUCAGGAAGAACUUGUUGAAACUUUUGUGUACACUGCAAAUAGAAUUGAAGGUGACGGUGCUGUCAGUACAUUCAGAGUUGCAAAAUUUGAAGAUGACAACAAGGCAUACAUUGUUACGUUCAAUUAUCCUGAAAUGAGGGCAAAUUGUAGCUGCCAAAUGUUUGAGUACUCAGGUAUUCUGUGUAGACAUGUUUUGACAGUCUUCACUGUUACAAAUGUGCUUACGCUGCCAUCUCAUUACAUAUUGAAACGAUGGACAAGAAAUGCCAAGACUAGUGUUGGAAUGGAUGAGCGCAGUGGUGAUUUAAACGGUCAAGAGUCUCAAACAUUGCGAUUUAACAAUCUAUGCCGAGAAGCAAUCAAAUAUGCAGAGGAAGGGGCCAUAGCUAUCGAGACUUACAAUGUAGCAUUAGGUGCUCUUAGAGAAGGUGGUAAGAAGCUUGCUGUUGUGAAGAAAAAUGUUGCCAAGGUGGCCCCUCCUAACCCUCAGGUUGCUGGUAUUGGAUAUGAUGACCGGAAGACCUCUACAUCAGCUUCAGACACAACCCCUUUGUUGUGGCCACGGCAAGAUGAAAUGACGCGAAGAUUCAAUCUCAAUGAUGCUGGUGCCCCAGCUCAAUCUGUUGCUGAUUUGAAUCUGCCACGCAUGGCACCUGUGUCCCUUCACCGUGACGAUGGCCUGCCCGAUAACAUGGUGGUUCUUCCUUGUCUGAAGUCAAUGACUUGGGUGAUGGAGAACAAAAAUUCGACAUCAGGAAAUAGAGUUGCCAUAAUUAAUUUGAAGUUGCAAGAUUAUAGCAAGACUCCAUCGGCAGAAUUGGAGGUUAAGUUUCAGCUCUCUAGGGUCACACUGGAACCCAUGUUAAGGUCUAUGGCUUAUAUUAGUGAGCAACUUUCUACCCCAGCCAACAGGGUCGCUGUUAUCAAUUUGAAGCUUCAAGAUACAGAAACAACUUCAGGAGAGUCAGAGGUUAAAUUUCAGGUGUCCAGGGACACAUUAGGUGCCAUGUUGAGAUCAAUGGCCUACAUACGCGAGCAGCUUUCUAAUGCAGUUGAACCUCAAGCAGAACCUCCUCCAAAAAAACAUCGGAAGUAGCUCGAGUUUCGGACUAACUUGUCCCUCAGUAGUGGCAGACCUUGUUUACCAACAUUUUUAAUUGGCAAUCUCACUGAGUUGAGGAUGCUUCUUUUUCUUCUUUGUUUUUUUUUUGGUCUCAUCCCUUUCUCAUGUAAGCUUUCUUCUGUGUAACAUAUGUGUACAUGUACAAAAUUCCAAAAUAUCAAAUAGUUCCAUUUGAUGAUUUAAUGUUGGUCAAGGGGACCUCUGAAUCAUACCUUUUUUGUCA